UCCUACAAAAAUCAUCAUUAUGACAUUAUUACAUUAUAGAGCCCAAUCCAAAGUAAUUAAGCACGUUAUAUUAUUCAUCAUCUUCCUAAUACACGAAGUUUCUACACUCCUCUCAUGGACAACCUUACAAGUAUGACAAUCAACUUUCUUUCUCUCUCCUAAAAUCUCCCCAUUUCCUAAGAACUUUCCAGAACAAUCCAGGCAUUUCAUCAAACACUUAGUGUGCAUCAAUGGCGGACAACGGCGUUGUACUUUUUUACGAUGGAACCAUUGUCACCACCGACACCAACAAAAACACAAACCCUUUUUCGAUCAAAGUCGGAUUAACCCAGAUGCUUCGCGGCGGCGUAAUCGUCGAAGUCUCCGAUCCACGGCAAGCUAAAAUCGCUGAAAGUGCAGGAGCUUGCUGCAUUUCUGUCGCCGGAGAUCAAAAGGGUAUCGGAAGAAUGUCAGACCCAUCUGUAAUCAAAGAGAUUAAACGCACCGUUUCGAUUCCCGUCAUCGCUAAAUCUCGGGUCGGGCAUUUUGUCGAAGCCCAGAUUCUUGAAUCAAUUGGAUCCGAUUACAUCGAUGAAAAUGAGCUCUUAUCAAUUGCAGAUGAAGAUCAUUUCAUCAACAAACACAAUUUUAGGGUCCCAUUUGUUUGUGGGUCGAGAGAUUUGGGUGAAGCUUUGAGAAGAAUUCGAGAAGGUUCUGCUAUGAUUCGGACUCAAGGGGAUUUAUCUGGGUCUGGUAAUAUUGUGCAAACUGUAAGAAAUGUUAGGCAAAUAAUGGGUAAUAUUAGGGUAUUGAAUAAUAUGGAUGAUGAUGAAGUUUUCACCUUUGCUAAGAAAACUGGGGCUCCUUACGAUUUGGUUGCUCAAACUAAGCAAAUGGGUCGGCUUCCGGUUGUUCAUUUCGCUUCCGGUGGGAUUGUUACUCCUGCUGAUGCUGCCCUGAUGAUGCAAUUGGGGUGUGAUGGGGUGUUCAUUGGAGGUGAGGUUUUCGAUGGGUCGGACCCGUUUAAGCGUGUUCGGGCGAUUGUGGAGGCGGUCAGGAACUAUAAUGAUCCGGCUGUGUUGGCCGAGGCGUGUUCCGGGUUGAGUGGUGCAAUGGCGAGGAUGAAUAUCAAUGAUGAUAACAGGGUGGUUGAAGUUUGAAAGAAUGGAAGGUAUCUUGUUCUGACUUUAUUGAUCAAGAGUUGAGAUAUGUUAUGCUAGAAUUCAUAGAUGUUGAUCUUGUUGACUUGUUUGAUGUUGUUAUAGAAAAAUAUGUGGUUUCAUGAGACAUGAAUCAUGUUGUAGUUGUGUUGUGUACUUGGUUAUGUACUUGAGACUGUUUGUUGUAAUAUGAGGAAAUAUAGAGAUAUGAAUGAAUAAAAUAGUUACUCUUUGUGUA